AAUAGACCAAAUCCAAGCACGAUCUUCAGUCACCUACAAAAACCCAUCAUUUUCCUGGAAUAAACCAUCUAUUUCAGUUCACUACUCGAUCUCCAACACCCAGAUUUUAAUUUCUGGAUCUGUGUUUAAAAAUGGUGAAUUUGCGAGCGGUCUUGAGGCACCCAGAUGAUUUCUAUCCAUUGUUGAAGCUAAAGAGGGCCGUGAGGAGUGCGGAGAAGCAGAUUCCGUCACAGCCUCACUGGGGUUUCUGCUAUACAAUGCUUCACAAGGUCUCCCGCAGCUUUGCUCUGGUCAUCCAACAGCUCGGACCGGAGCUUAGAAAUGCUGUGUGCAUAUUUUAUUUGGUUCUUCGAGCCCUUGACACUGUUGAGGAUGACACUAGCAUAGCAACGGAUGUAAAAGUACCUAUUUUGAUAGCAUUUCAUCAUCACAUAUAUAAUCGUGGCUGGCAUUUUUCAUGUGGCACAAAGGAUUACAAAGUUCUCAUGGACCAGUUUCAUCAUGUUUCUGCUGCAUUUCUGGAACUUGAAAAAGGUUACCAGGAGGCAAUCGCGGAUAUCACAAAAAAAAUGGGUGCAGGAAUGGCAGAAUUUAUUCGCAAGGAGGUUGAAACAAUUAAUGACUAUGAUGAGUAUUGCCACUAUGUAGCAGGGCUUGUUGGAUUAGGUCUCUCCAAACUGUUCCAUGCAUCUGGCUUGGAAGAUUUGGAUUGUGACUCUCUCUCUAAUUCAAUGGGUUUAUUUCUUCAGAAAACAAAUAUUAUCCGAGAUUAUCUCGAGGACAUUAAUGAGAUACCAAAGUCACGCAUGUUCUGGCCCCGACAGAUUUGGGGUAAACACGCUAGUAAACUUGAGGACUUGAAAUAUGAGGAAAACUCAGUGAAGGCAGUUCAGUGCUUGAAUGACAUGGUAAAUAAUGCUUUGAUACAUGUGGAGGAUUGCCUGAAGUACAUGUCUGCUUUACGAGAUCCUGCCAUAUUUCGUUUUUGUGCCAUCCCUCAGAUCAUGGCCAUUGGAACUCUAGCCUUAUGCUACAACAACAUUGAAGUCUUCAGAGGUGUAGUGAAAAUGAGGCGCGGUCUCACUGCAAAAGUCAUUGACCGAACCAAUUCUAUGUCCGAUGUCUAUGGUGCUUUCUUUGAUUUUUCUUGUUUGCUGAAAUCCAAGAUUGACAAGAAUGAUCCCAACGCAACAAAAAUAUUGAGUAGGAUGGAAGCAAUCCAGAAGACAUGCAAGGACUCUGGGGUCCUGAACAAGAGGAAAUCUUACAUUCUCCAGGACAAGGACAAUUACACUCCCCUUCUGGUUAUUUUGCUUUUCCUAAUAUUGGCUAUCGUUUUGGCUAAUCAUAAUUCCAACAGGCCAAAUAACUAGUGUAAGGAUCAUGGUUCUCUAGAAUCCAUUUCCCCGUUACUGGGACUGUGUUAGCGCAUUUCUGUCUCAUGAAGUACUUUGUUUUGGUGAUGCGUAAUAUUGUGGUUUGUGAGGGCUGGGAAUGACAGUCUGUGUAUCUGGUGCUUUAUAAAGUUGGCAAGCACCAUCUAGCGUUAUACUCUCUGUUUGUUUUUAUGUGAUUUGAAAUAGAAGAAGACUAAGUCGAAGUUGAAAUUUUGAAAAGCAAACUUAUGUGUUGCUCUCUUUCUCUCUCACACCCACAAGGGCAGUUACUGCCAUGAGCAGAGUUUGAUGGGAGGAGUUAAUACGUUCAACUUAGCCAAUUUCGUAUCUGAAUUUGUUUCAUGUUGUAUCUGGAUUCUUU